UUCUAAUCCACCAGGCGCUCCUUGGAAAUCCUAUAGGCUACUCUGUUCUAUAGGCUCGCUCUGAGUCGGACUGGACUGGACUGCAAUCGGGUUUGGUUGUUUGGUACCCGCGUCCAGCAGCCGAUUCCCUCCCGUCGACGCUUGCGCGGCAUCACGUGACAUCUGGCCCCACCCUCUGCCUGCCCCCGGGUUGAGUUUUCGGACCCUGUUGUGUUGUGUUCGGGGUCAGAGGCUGCCCACCGGUCGGCAAGCAGCUUAGGUGGAGAUGGCUGCCACUCUGCAGCGCAUCGAACAGUUGUCCAGUCGGGUCGUGCGCGUGCUGGGCUGUAACCCGGGUCCCAUGACCCUGCAGGGCACCAACACCUACUUGGUGGGGACCGGCCCCAGGAGAGUUCUCAUUGACACUGGAGAACCAGCAGUUCCAGAAUAUAUCAGCUGUUUAAAGCAGGCUCUGACUGAAUUUAACACGGCAAUCCAGGAAAUCAUAGUAACUCACUGGCACCGUGAUCAUUCUGGAGGCAUAAGAGAGAUUUGUGAAAGCAUCAGUAAUGACACUGCAUAUUGCAUUAAAAAACUUCCACGUAAUCCUCACAAAGAAGAAAUUAUAGGCAAUGGAGAACACCAGUAUGUUUAUCUGAAAGAUGGAGAUUUGAUUGCGACUGAGGGAGCUACUCUAAGAGUUAUCUACACGCCUGGCCACACUGAUGACCACAUGGCUCUUCUUUUAGAAGAGGAAAAUGCUCUCUUUUCUGGAGAUUGCAUCCUAGGGGAAGGAACAACUAUAUUUGAAGACCUUUAUGAUUACAUGAACUCCCUAAAAGAAUUACUGAAAAUCAAAGCUAAUAUUAUAUAUCCAGGACAUGGCCCAGUAAUCCAUAAUGCCGAAGCUAAAAUUCUACAAUACAUUUCUCACAGAAAUCUUCGAGAACAACAAAUUCUGACAUUAUUUCAUGAGAACUUUGAAAAAUCAUUUACAGUCAUGGAGAUUGUAAAAAUGAUGUACAAGGAUACUCCUGAGCAUUUGCAUAACAUGGCUAGAAAUAAUGUCUUGCUUCAUUUGAAAAAAUUGGAAAAAGAAGGAAAAAUAUUUAGCACCACAGAUCCUGACAGGAAAUGGAGAGCUCAGCUUUAGUUUCAGAUUAAUGAAGUACUUGUUUUGGGUUUUUUUAAGAAAAUGAUUUCUCUGUGCUUACCAGAGCAACAGAUCCCAGUUGUGGACAUGGUAUCACUUAGAAGGGAACAUGAAUCAAUAUGACACUCGCUUUUUCAAUAUAACAAUGGGUCCUUAAAAAAUCCAAGGAGGAAAUUAUUUACAUCCUAGAGUUACAUCCAACGAGAUUUGUACCCAACAAGAUGGAUUUAUACAGUGGCUACAACAAUGGACUAAAACAUAAAACAACUGUGAGGAUGGCACAGGACCGGGCAAUAUUUCCUUUUGUUGUAAAUAGGUUCUUUAUAUGAGCCGGAACCAGUUCGACAGCACCUAACAAUAACAACAGAGAUUUAUAACCAACCCAACUAUCAAUCAUGUGAAUGUAAGGACUCAAAAAGUGUACCUCUCUUAGGGAAUUGCUUGAUGCUAUGCACCAGAAAAAGAGAGGAAAACAAAAUCAAAAUAGUAAAUUUAAAACCAAAAUGUAAAAAGAAAUUCUAGAACAGAAAUGUGCCCAAAGCCGCCUCCAUAUUAGACCAGAAGGAAGGAAGAACUUUAGAGGGCAAAAUGGAAUGGAUAUGUUAUCUGAUAAAUUUGAGCAUUGGGAGGAAAAAAACUGUUGGUAGUCAUAAAACAACUUUAGUUAAGCAAUUCAAUUAAAAAUCAGUUCAAAGAAAACUAUGCUGAUGAAAAAAAUGAAGCAAUUGCUUAUUACAAAAAACAAAAGUUGUGCAAGGAAGGAAAUGAAAUACUAUCAGCCUCUACAGUUUUACAUAGGCAAUAAUGUAAAUACUGGCUAAAAAUUGUGUUUUAAAUAUAAUAGGGAUAAUAAGUGAAAGGAAAUGGAAAGUUAGGAAUGCUAAGUCAUCACUUAGAUAACAGUCAAGAAAGACUAAAAUUGAUAAGUCAUGAAACAGAAGUAUAAGCAUUUUAUUGGUUAAUACCUGUGACGGUUAAUGUUAUAUGUCAACUUGGCUAGGCCAUGAUUCCCAGCGUUGUAUAAUUGUCCUCCAUUUUGUGGUAUUGUGUAAUUAUGUGUUGUAAAUCCUACAUCUUUAUAUGUUAAUAAGGCAGGAUUGGUGUGGGGUAUAUCUUGAGUCACACACUUACUAAAAAGGGCAUGACUCAAGUCACAGCCUUAUUCAAGUCACACCCUUACUCAGGCCUUGAGGGUGUGGUCUAUAUCCAGUAUAUAUGAAUGCUCUGGCAAAGCCUUCUCCCACACUGUGGAUCCUGCAUCUGGCUUGUCGUCAUAUGACCUCCAGUUCUUAGGAGUUGAGCCAGCAGCCUGCUGUUUGACCUGCCAAUUCUGGGAUUCGCCAGCUUCUAGAGUCCUGUGAGCCGCGGCCUGUCCCCUGACCUGAUUUGUCAGCUUCCACAGCCCCGUGGGCCAGCUGCCUGUCAUCUGACCUGCCAGUAUGCAUUCAUCAGCCCCUGUAGCCACGUGAGUCAGGAGAAGCCUCCAGUCUAAUGUCUGACCCAUGGAUUUGGGACAUGCCAGCCUUUACAACCAUGUGAGCCAUUUCCUUAAGGUAAAUCUCUUUGUGUGUGUGUGUGUAUAUAUAUACUUACCAAAAAAAAAAAAAAUCUAUUGCCAUCGAGUCGAUUCUAACUCAUAGCAACCCUGUAGGAUGGACCAGGACUGCCUCCUAGAGUUUCCAAGGAACGCCUGGUUGAUUCCAACUACCAAUCUUUUGGUUAGCCAUAGCACUUAACCACUAUGCCACCAGGUUUCCAUAUAUACGUGUGUGUGUGUGUGUGUGUAUACAUAUGUAUACACAUGUAUACACACACUUCACUGAUUAUGCUUCUCUAGAGAACCCAGCCUACGAUAAUACCAGAAAAAAGUAACUUCUGGAGUUGAAAGUAUUUGCCUUUUGGAAAUGGGAGAAAGAGAAGAUGGAGAAUGGGGAAAUGUUUUUCCUGUUCAUACUGUUUGAUUUUUUUAAUUAGAUACAUUUAUUACUUUAUUAGUUUAAAUUAGACACACUGAUAUAAUUUUUUUUUUUUAAUUUAAUGUCAAAAUACUGAUACUAUGCAAUGGGUAGAAGCUAGCUCUUUAGUCCAUUGGAGCAAAUGCUUUUGUUCUAGAAUUUUCCCCUAUAAAGAUUACCAGGAAUUGGGAACAAUGAGAGUACAUGUUUAUUUAAUAUUCACUUAUACCUAAAGAUAAGAUUCCUUAAGUUACAUAUUCUGAAGUGUAAAUUUUAUGCUCUAAGAGGAAAUCUUGCACCUGUACCAAGUACCUAGACUGAAGGACCUAGAAAAUUAAAGUGGAGUCAAAGACUUCUAUGUCCUUUAACGUUUAACUGAAGUAUAAAAAUCAUCCGAAGAGAAUUAGAUCCAAGGUUAUCUGAACAGCAAUGAGUGCUAUUUAUAGCUCUCUGAUAGAUUCCAGCUUUGUUUUCUAGUUGUAGUAGAGAAUUAAAGAAAUAUCUAUGAUAGCUCAAGUUUCUCUUAUUGAGACCUGAACUGAAUUUAGGAUUGCGGUGCAAUUCAUAACUUUUUUGUGUGGCCUUUCAAGCCAUGGUCUUGUAACUCCCACCCAGGUGAUUGUGUGAUAGGGUAAUUGUGGCCUACCAAGGGGAUUGGUCAGUUUUGCCUUAAAAGAGCCAAUUCCAGAGCAGAGAGGAGGAGCCCACUACCACCAAGGAAGGAGAGGCUAGCAAGAGAGACCCAGCAGCAGGAGACAGUGUGGUGGGCUUCCAGGCCCAUGGAGGGAGAAAGCUGAGUGUCUUUGAGCAGAGACUGAGGGCCAGGGAGAGGUGUGCCUGUGAGCACAACUGGAGAGAGGCUGUCCUGAUAGAACUGUAUUCUGAGUAUUCUUGAGUCUGAAUUGUAACUGUUACUUCUCUAAUAAACCCCAUAAUUGUUAAUGUUGUCUGUGAGUUCUGUGUGGCUCUUGCAGUGAACUCUCAAACCUGGUAGAGAGUGCUAGGGGAGGGACAGUUGGUGUCAGAAUUGAUAGAGAUGGCAGAGAAAGGAGGCGUGCCUGACCUCCACCGCAUAGGAAUCAUCCUUCGGCUGUUGAUCAUGGUUCUCCUUUCCCCUUGUGGGGGAACACCUCUUCCAAGCUGCUUUUUCAGGGAUUCAAUAAGUAGCCAAUGUCAACAGAAAAGGACUAUGCUUCCUGUGAAAACCCCUUGGGGGCAGUGUUUGAUCUCCUUCAACCCCACAAGGGGGAAAGAGAACCAAAGAAUCAAGAUCAUCAGCUCAAGGCUGACUCCCUUAAGGAAGAGGCCAGACAAGCCUCCUCUCUCCACCACCUUUACUAAUCCUGACACCAACCGUUCCUCGCACAGCACUCUCUGCUUCUCUGCUGGGUUUGAUAAUACAUUGCACUGACCACACAGAACUCAAGGACCAUACUCAAAUGAUUACAGAGUUUAUUAUAAGGGAAGUAACAGUGACAAUUCAGGCUCAGGAACACUCAGGAUACAGUUCUUUCAUCAGGACAGCCUCUUCCUGGCCCUGGGCCUCUCUCCAAAGGCACUCAGCUUUCUCUGGCCGUGGGCUAGGCCCCGAAGCCCACCACACCGUCCUCUGCUGCUGAGUCUCUCCUGCCACCAUUUCUCACUGUCUUCAGGGUUACAGCUUUCUCUUUUUCUCUCUCUCCUGGAUCUAGGAGCUUCUUGGUGCAGAGAUCCUGGGUCCAAAGGACACACUCUCUACUCUUGACUGUUCUUCCUUGUUGGUGGUUUGGAUCAUCCUCUCUGCUCUGGAAUUGGCUGUGUUUCAAGGCAAAACUGACUAGUCUCCUUGGUGGGCCACAAUUACCCUACCACACACUUUUGCCCAGUCACAUUGGUGGGAAUUACAAGACCAUGGCUAGAAAGGCCACACACAAAGUAAUUAAUCGCACCGCAUCUCUAUCUCUCAGUUUCCAGCUAGCACCACCUUUUCUCUAUGGUUAGUCAAGGUACUCACUACAGAAUCUGGAGGAAAAGUAACACUUUUAUGGCAGAUUCCCUUUCUUAGAUUUACCAGUGUUUUUAAGAAGUUCGAGAUGGUGUCUUAGUUAUCUAGUGCUGCUAUAACAGAAAUACCACAAGUGAAUGGCUUUAACAAACAGAAAUAUAUUCUCUCACAGUUUAGGGGGCUAGAAGUCCAAAUUCAGGGUGCCAGCUCCCAGGGAAGGCUUUUUCUGUCUGUUGCCUCUGGCAGAAAGGUCCUUGUCAUCAGUCUUCCCCUGGGUCAUAGAGCUUCUCAGCAUAGGGACCCCGGGUCCAAAGGAUGUGCCGCACUCCUGGCUCUUCUUUCUUGGUGGUAGAAGGUCUCCCUGUCUCUUUGCUCGCUUCCCUCUUUUAUAUCUCAAAAGAGACUGACUCAAGAUACAACUUAAUCUUGUAGAUUGAGUCCUGCCUCAUUAACAUAACUGCCUCUAAUCCUGCCUCAUUAACCUCAUAGAGGUAGAAUUUACAACGCAUGGGAAAAAUCACAUCAUCAUGAAAUGGUGGGCAGUCACACAAUAUUGGGAAUCAUGGCCUAGGCAAGUUUACACACAUUUUGGGGGGGACACAAUUCAAUCCAUAACAGAUGGCUAAUGACCAAGAAGAGGCAUGCUUUGAAAAAAUAUAUUUUUUUUCUUGAUAUAUUUGAAAAUGAAGACCAAUCUGGAAAAAUGUUUUGCUGUAAAUUACAGAUUUUCAAAUAUGAGUUAGGUUCCAGCAACUCAGGAUAUGUGUGUUUGAUCUUAUUUUGUGCAUGAUUGUAUCAUUUCCAUGAUCUCCUUGUUACUUAAAUGUUUUGAGUAAAGUGCAUCUCUGCCAAAAGACUGGUCUUAGGUUAGUUUUUCUCAUAUGUAUUUUCCCAUGAUUCUUUAAGUUUCUAAUCCAUUGAGUAUCUUUCUUUCUUUUAGGGUCAGACUGUCAUCUCUAGUGGCAUGUGAAGAACCUGUGCUUUUAGUAUUUUACCAAGGGUUGAAGAAAAACUUUCACAAGAAGCUUUGUACCACAGCAGUCUUUCCAGCCUAGGUCAUGGAAGUAGAUUAAUCAUACUUCUUCCUUCCACUGUUGGAGCCCUGGUAGCACAGUGGUUAAGAGAUCAGGCUGCUAACCAAAAGGUCAGCGGUUUGAAUCCACCAGUCGCUCCUUGGAAACCCUGUAGAGCAGUUCUGCUCUGUCCUAUAGGGUCAUUAUAAGUCAGAACUGACUCAGUAGCAGAGGGUUUUUUGGUCUGUUUCCAUCUGCUGCAGUUUUCAGAAAUGGCAAAAGUGUCUAUAACAAAUUAUGUAUUUCAAGAUUCAAUAUCUCAACCUGAAACUCUAAGGAAUAUUAUUAACCAUUCACUCUUUUGGUGUGAAAAUGUGGUCCUGGACCACUUGGCUCGCUACCACCUGAGAGGCUUGUUGCUGUUAGCUGCUGUGGAGUCCGGUCCAACUCAUUGCAGCCCCAUGUGUGCAGAGUAGGACUGCUGCAUAGAGUUUUCCAGGCUGUGACGCUUCUGAAGCAGAUCAUCUGGCCUGUCUUCCGAGGUAACUCAAGCUGCCCAACCUUUCAGCUCGUAGUCAGGCAGUUAACUGUUUGCACCACCCAGGGAUUACAAAUGCAAAUAUCUGGGUCCUACCCAGAUUUACUGAAUCAAUUUCUGAAGAGGGCCAAGGAAUAUUUUUUCAGUCAACCCAAUUGAUUCCCUACAUCAGCAGAAUUACAGUAUUUUUUACCUUUUCUUUUUUAAAUUUUAUUAUGGUAUAUAUAUAUAUAUAUAUAAUUUUACAUUUUAACCAUUUUUGAGUAUGCAGUUCAGUGGCAUUAGUUAUAUUCACACUGCUGUGCAACCAUCACCACUAUUUCCCAAAUUUAUUCAUCACUCCAGAGACUGUAACCAUUGACAGAAUUAUAAUUUAAUGUGAUUCUGUUGGUUUUUUAUCUUAUCAAGGUCAGCAUGAGACACAGACAUAUAAAAUAUCUACCUUUUUUUUAAUGUUAUUGAGGACACUAUUAUUCAAUGGACUUCAGCAUCCAUGGAACAAAAUUUCUUUCAGAUUUCAGAACUAGAAAAUAAGAUUUUCUCUCUUGGGAACUGGUAUGGUUCUUUUUAUUAGGAUAGUGCUUCUCAAAUAUAGCUAGUUAUCAAAAUCAUAUGGAAAACUAUAAAAAUAUAUAGCUUCUCAGGUCCGAAGCAAGACUCUUUCGUGAGAAUCUCCAGGUGAGGAAGGGUCCUUGUGAGAGUGAUAAUUAACCAUGUUUCAGAAAUUCUACAUUGGACUCUAGUUGUUUUAAAUUGAAAUAUGUCCCCCAAAAAUCUGUGUCAACUUGUUUAGGCAGUUAUCUUAGUUAUCUAGUGCUGCUAUAACAGAAAUACCACCAGUGGAUGACAGUAGCUAAUUCACCAUACUCAUUUUUUGCUUUGGCUUCUGUCUUGGUU